UUUUCCCCAUUAGAUCUGUGUUUGUUUCUAUGUUGAUUAUUUGAUAGUGUUCUUUUUUUUUCUCGAAAUACCAAAAAUUAAACAAUAUGUCGGUCGAUUCCUUUCUGUACAACUGUUCAGAAUAGCAGAUAGCUGGUAAGGAAAAUACAGUUAGCGUCGUUCUGAGAACUCUAUUCGCAUAUUUAUUUGGCCAUGGAGUUAGAGAAACUACACGAUUACGCCUCUGUAUUAAAAGAAGUUUUUAAAAGUAAAACGAAAACAGCUCUGGAAAUAUUUUACAAUGAACAAAAUUGUUCCGAGCUGCUCCGCAAUGAAGAUUACUUCAGGUACACGCCUCCAUAUACAGCGAAAGUAGAACCAGCUUUAACAUUUAGAGGCUACAUACACAAAAUUGAGCCUAGCACUCUAAAGCUAGGGCUAGAAACGAUUCCCUUUGGUGAGGAAGACUUCAAUGUGCUCAUCAGAUGGACUUUAGCUGUCCAUAAAAAGGACACUGAGGAAUAUGAGUACUUGGGUUACUCACAAAUGAACAUUAGUUCACAAUUGGAAGUUUCUGAAAUAAGCGUACAAUCGUCUGUCAUAGAAAAUCUUGUUCAAGAAAAUUGUCUACUGUGGAAAUGGAAUAUAGAAAUCUGGCCAGCAUCAAUUGGACUUAAUAAAAGGAAAUCACGUGAUGCUUUGAAUGUAGGCAUGGGUCGUGAAGUUAAAAUUGAUAUGGACUUUGAUGAACUAUUGAAAACAUUAUCAAGUGGUGUAGACAGAGAAAAUAAGAAGACGUAUACAUCAAUUCUAACAAGCAUUGGUGAGUGUCAAAAUCAACAAACAAAGCAUGAUGACAGACUACAAGAUAUAGAGCAGAAAGUCGUAAAUAUAAACGACAGACUUUCACAAAUUUUAGGAAAAUAUUCUGAGAAAGAUUAUUUACUAGAGGAACUGACUAAACAAACCAAACUAUCAACAAAUACGAAUCCGGACAAACAGGGACAUGCACAAAUAACGAGCAUAGAAGAAGAUCCCUCCACCGUAGGAAAAUAUCAUUUUGAGAAAGAUUAUUUACUUGAGGAGUCGACAAUGCUUACCACACUAUUAUCACAUACAGAUCCUGAAAACGAAAUGAAACUUGGACGUAAAAAAAUAAUGAGCGUAGAAGAAGAUUUGUACACCGUAGGAUUAGAAGAAGAGAUGGCCUCUGAUAUAUAUAAUUUAAAUCUGCUAAGCCUGCAAGAUACAACAAUGUAUGAGACAGUCACAAGCCAUAAACAGAAAAUAGUGUUUGAUAAAGAAACCCAAACAGAGCGUGCAUGUACGAUACUAAAUGAGCCUAGAUAUAAAAACAAAAGAGCUAUUCUAUCAGAUUAUCUUGAUCUUGGAGAAGAUGCUUCGUAUCUGACACGAGAUUUAAAGGACGUACUGCUUGAAAAAACUCCCAGAAGAAGACAUGAAUACAGCCACAGCAUGACAGAGAAAUCUCCAAUAGUCGAGAGGUUUGACAAGUCGCCAGUCAAGAACAUACUUUUCAUAAGCAGCGAUGCUCAAAUGAUGCGUAUCCUAUUGUGUUCUCAAUUUGGAAAAUCCCAGCCAAGUCUAAUUACUGAAAAUGAGGGACUACAGGAAUAUCAAUGUUCGGAAGAAGGAAUACACUUCUACUGUGCUCGCAUUUCAGUCUCGUCUUCCCGGAGUGAAAUAUUAAGAUUAAUUGAGAGUUCUGAAAAGUAUACUGACCUUGUUUUCCAUGGGUGCAUUAUUGCAUUAAGCACAAAUUGUGACAAAUGCAUACUAGAUAUGUUUCAGGCCAGCUUCCUGAAGAAUUAUUGUUUCUUAAUUUUGUCAAGUGAACUAGAUAAAUCCUCAAUUACCCAACAAGUGAAAGAAAUUUUACCUUUUGAUUGGUUCAAGUUUGGUCAUGAAAUACUUAAAAACGAGCUACAAAGUUUUUUCGGCGAAGUAUUUCAACUCGACCAACGUCUUUUAAAACAGCCAUUAGAUAUAACUUUACCAGAACAAACUAUUCAUAAAGAGGUGAACGUCUUAAGGGAAAAAUUGCAUAAAUUCACACAAUUUCUUAAUUCAAUAAAAUACAGCCAUGAUAUUGACUCAAAAUUAGAACCUCUGACACAUCAGAUUAUCUCAUUACUGGACCAAUUCAAAAACACUUACAUUAAGACUGAGCACUUACCAGUAAUAACAUCAGAUGUCAUAUGUGAAUUGAGUUAAUGUUAUUUUUAGGAUAAAAUUCAUUGAUGUUAGUAUUUUUUAUGUCGUCACAAUGCCAGGUAAAAUAAAAAAACAGCAACAAAAAAAAAAACAACAAGAAGAAAUUAAAGAAGUUGCAAAUACAUAAGGAAAAAAAAGGAAAAAAAACUGUUUUAGUUCAGUUAUACCUAGCUCUUCGGUCCUUGCAUAUAUUUGCCCUGAUUGCAUUAAACACGACGUUUAUUUUUUUUAAAGUAUUUUUUGUGGUAAUGAGCUGGUGACAUAUCAACAAAGUGGUGUAUAUGUCCCUCAAACCCAAACGUUUUGGUACUACUGAUAUAUAUAUAUAUAUAUAUAUAGUUCGUCCAUUGUGGUUCGAUGAUGACCACUUUGUCGGGGGGGCUGAGGGCUUUGCACUGGGGUUUUAUGCCUCCUCAUGUGGCUGGUGAGACCUAUGUGAGCCCGGAAUGUUAGGCUGCACACUGUGCAGGUUAUUCCAGCUGGAGCUAGUGUCGUUUGUCUUGCUUUUCUUCUCUUGCGUUUUUCUUCUGCCAGCAUUUUUCUUUUUUCCUCAGCAACCUGUGCGUCAGUUUUCACAGCGCGACGCCAUGAUGCUCUGUCAUGUGCCUCUGUCUCCCAGGUGCCUGGGUCUAUGUUGAACGCCUUCAGAGAAAUUUUGAGGGUGUCCCUGAAGCGCUUUCUUUGACCACUUUGCGAGUGCUUUCCUUCGCUUAGUUGGCCAUACAAGAGUCUUUUAGGGAUGCGGUGGUCUUCCAUUCUGCAGACGUGACCUGCCCAUCGCAGCUGGGACUGCAUCAGGAUUGUGUGGAUGCUUUGCAGACCCGUUCUUCGAAGGACUUCAGUAUCUGGUAUUACGUCUUGCCAUUCAGUAUUUUUCUCAGACAAGUCAUGUGGAAGUGAUUCAGUUUCCUUGCAUGUUUUCUGUACACUGUCCAUGUUUCUGAGGCAUAGAGCAAUGUAGGGAGGAUGACGGCUCUUUAGACCCCUAGCUUUGUAUUUGUGGUGAUACCACGUCUGUCCCAGACAUUUUUAGACUACUAAUGGUAACAUUUAUUUGACUUGCAAGUAAAGCAAACAAAAAAAAUCCGAUGAAGACAAGCUGUGCAGAGAUCAGUUUAUUGGUUGUGAUACUAGCAAAAUAUAUUAUAUUUAAUAAAAAGAAAGAAAUUUUUAGCUUCUUGUGUAAGCGUAUUAUAACUUGUACAAAACGCAUAAUAACUUGAAUAACUUCUUUGUGAGCAAAAUGAAAUUAUAGCUUUUAUUAAACUAUAGACACAUUUAAGUUGAGGUGAAAUGGAAUAAAUGAAAUAAACUUGAGUAAUAAUAUAAAACUGUAUUUAUAGCAAAAUAUAGCUCAGUACACAAACACGUCCUUCCAUUCUGGCAAUGUGGAGUCGUCUGUUACCUACCCAAGACAGCUGACGACAAUGCCGCUUAUCUUGCAUCAUUCAUAUAACACAGCUACCAACCAAUCGUUAACCCCUUCCCACCGUUACCAUAGAAACACACACACAUACACACACUCCAUAACAAAGCUGCUAAAGUUGUAUUAAUGUAUUAAAAGCACCAUAUUUUAGCUUAAAAAAAACAACACUUCAAUGUUUAAUCCAACACUCCUUGCAAUUUAUUCUCUAUGUUUUAUUACAGUUCUCAAACUCUCGCUCUCCUGUCAAUCACUUUCUCUUAUAGUGAUGAAAUAUUUGUACCAUAGUUGGACUAAAAAUAAUUUUAGAUUUCACAAAAGAAAAAAAAAAAACUACUUAUACAGAGAAAUAAACUUCACCCAAAGCAUCAAUUUUCUAAAGAAAAAGCCUUUAAAGAAAAGUGGGGGGGGGGGGGAAGGCUCAAAUAGCAAAUAAAACACGACAUUUAGAAAAUUUCAAUCUCGAUUUUAAAAACUCCAUUUUAAAAAUCAAUAUAAAGGCUAUUUCCAAUUUUCACAGACACACAUAAGCCCAAUAACAUAGACACAUACAAGCAUACAUGCAUGCAUGUAUGCCCACACAAAUCUAUAUAUAAAAUAAAAAAUAAAAUGUCUAAAAAAAAUACAUUUUUAAGCUAAUUGAAAUUCCACUUGCAAUCUGUUAAAAUUAUUUGUGAUAAGAAAAAGAAACAUUUAUUUAUUUGUGAAAAUGUAGAACAAGGGUAAUUACUUUACAAAAUAUAUUUUUCACUUUAUAAAUAGUAUUAUAUUAAAUUAUUAUAUUUCGUUAUAUUUAUGAUACAGAGUUGUAAUUGUUAUCUUGAUUUACACAUAUACUUUUUGUUAUAUGUCGUUAGGAAUUUUUCUCAUUUCAAUGGACUCUCUAGAGUCAGUAGAAGUUAGUUACUAAAGUCUUCUUAGUAGUCUAGAUUUAAUAUACUAGUGUUUAUGGAUCAUCCAUGCAGGACACUAAUUAUGAAUACAUAAUAGUCCAUGGUAAUUAACUUUACUAUAAGGCUGGACAAUUAUUUAUUCUAUAAGAUAUCUUAUUAAUCAUUUUUAUCUAAUAUUACAUAAUAUUGAAUUUAAUUUCAAUACACAUAAUAACUUUACAUAAGAACAAGGAAAUAAUCAUUCCAUUAAUUACAUUACAAAAAUGUAAGUUUUGCUUACGGACAAAGCUGAACAUCCCCAUCAAAAGGGUAAAAAAAAAGAUGUCAUGUCUAGGGCAAAAAAGGCUAAAUGUCGAAAGGCUGGCUGACGUACGAGAGAGCUUCAGUGUACUACUCGAGGCUGAUCUUCAAAAGCCCCAGGACGAUGACCCAGUGAGUAACUGGAGCCAGCUAAAAUCGAUACUUCAGGACGUGACAGCCAAAGUCGUAAGAUACUGCAGUAAACCCAACAGAGACUGGUUUGAUGAGAACAAUACCGCCAUUCAAGAACUGUUAAAGAAUAAGCACAAAUACUAUCGCUCUGUUCUUGCGAACUGUCGCACCUAUUUAAAAGCACCGUUUUCGACUACUUUGAUGACGUCAUUUUUAUGGGUUUUGUUUGUGUACAGUAGGUGAUCUCCUUUUGUCGUUUCGUCAUAAUUUUUUAUGACAUAUAUUGUUCUAGCUCGUCUGGUAUUUUUCACGCCAUGUUGCUUAGACUGAAGCAAGCUAUAAUUUGGUCAGCUCUUGAAUUUCUCCUUGAAUCGGAUAUUGGAUAGCCUUAUCGUUGUCCUUGAUAGAUAUCCUUAAAGGAUUAUCUUGACCCCUGUUUAGGGUGAGUUUUUAUUUCAUAUUGUUAAGUUAUUUUUAUAUGGAUUCGAUCAUAUUCGUAUUUUGCAUAUAAGUUGUAAGAUUAGAAGAAUCUGUUCUUUACCUUUCUAUAGGGUCUUAGUUUUAGCUUACAGGACUGAGAUUUUCAUCUCAGGUUUUUUGUCUGAUGUUUCAAGUUUGAUUUACGAGUUUGAGAUUCCAGAUUCCAGAUUGUUGUAUCCAGACCUGGUGGUGUCUUAGUGAAGUUGUGAGCUUUGAUGUUGCUAUGUACUUGAUUGAUUAUUGAUCGUCGGUGAACAGUAUCUUGGCUGGAUGAUAGAUCUACUUGUAUUGCCAGUUGCCAGUCUUGAAAGAUUGUGUGGACAAUAUUAUUACUUAACCUUAUAAGUUAAGGUGAUUAAUUUUGUUUUAAAAUACUAAUUAAGUAUUUACUAGAGUCUUACUAUAAGUAUUGAUUUUGCAUACCAUACUAUAUCCACUCAUAUUUCUCUAUCAUUAUUAUUGAUCAUAUG